AAGUCUUUUGUAAAAAAACAAAAUAGUUGGGAGCCCAAAGCGAAACAAUCCUCAGCACCUUCAACGUUGACUUUCCCAGCGUCUAAUAAUUUUGGUACACAUCAUCAGAUCAACAACCCCGAACACGCCCAGGCCCAAGAACAAAAAUAUUUCAUACACCACUGUGUACCCAAUCCUAAGUUCCUACACCACCUAAGGCUUCAGACUUCAGAGUGCAAAGACUCGUAAAACUCAAAACCUCUUACUAGCAGCUAGUCGCGCGUUAUUUCCACUCUCUUCGAUCGACCUCCGCAAUCCGAAGCAAAGAGACAAAGAUCGAUGGCUCCUCCUGCAAAAGCAAUAACGAGUCCAGUGCCAGAUGCGUGGUACCCAACCCUAGCCGUCGUCAUGCUCGCCAUUGGCCUUGUCGUCACGGCUUCAUUCUUCAUCUAUGAAGCAACUUCUUCCAAGCGAAAUCGGUCUCUUGCCAAGGAGCUCAUCACUGGAGGAGUGGCAUCUGUCUUCCUGGGCUUUGGGUCAUUGUUUCUGCUACUUUCAGCUGGUGUUUAUGUCUGAUUUUUAUAUUGUUCAACCAGUUUACAAAGUUUUGCUAAGAAAGUAUGGUGUCAUGUGAGGGAUCAUGACUUUGACUCUGUUACUUACAGACAUUUUUGUUAUUUAUCAGAUGAGGAUAGCUUCUUUGAUAACAUUUUG